CCGCGUCACUACGUCCAGCAUUCUGUCUCAAUCGAAGCAACUGAAUAACUUCCAAGAUGACAAUCAUUCACAUUGUACUUUUCGAAUGGAAGCCCACAGCAUCCCCAGACCAAAUUUCAGAAGUACCUAAUCGUAUGCUGGGCCUCAAAGACCAGUGCAUUCACCCAACAUCUCAGAAGCCAUACAUCAAGUCCUUCUCUGGUGGCAAGAACAAUAGCCCUGAAGGUCACAGCGGCAAUUCGACCCACGGUUUCGUAGUUGAGUUUGACAAUGAAGAGGACCGCGACUACUACGUGUACAAAGAUCCCGCGCACCAAGAAUUCGUCAAGUUCGCCGGAGGAGUGGCGAAUGGCGUCAAGGUCUUUGAUUAUGAACCAGGGAGGAUGUAAAUAUCGUGUCGAAAAUGAGGUAGCAAGCGCACUACACUCUGUGAUGAUGAUAAUCCAAUUAUGCCAUAUGUAUAUGUAACGCCCAAGAUGCAACGCCGGUAAUGCUCCUCUAAUGCAUAGUGAUGGAAUCGUAAGGGUAUCAUGAUACGCUGAAGGACUCGCCGCAACCACAUUGCUCAGUGAUGUUGGGGUUCUUGAAGAUGAAUCGCUCAUUCAGCUUGUCCUCCAA